AUGAGGUGCAGGUAUUUUGCAUUUUAUUCAGGGCUUUGUGUCCUGCUAACAUCACUGGAAAUUAUUGCCCACAAGAACAGAGCUCCCUGUGCUCGAUGUCCACGGAAUGCCCACUGUACCAAUGCCACUUCCUGCCACUGUGAUCCUGGAUUCACUUCUUUGAUAUCAACGAGUGUGGCCCACCUCUAUGUGUAUCUUGUGGAAGCUUUGCACGUUGUCACAAUGUUGAGGGGAGUCACUACUGUGAAUGUGCCUCUGGGCAUUAGCUCCUUUCGGGGGGCACCAAAUUCCAAAGUGAGAAGGAGAACACUUGUCAAGGAGGAGGAUCCCGUGCUGGCUGUGAUCACCUACCUGGGGCUGGACCUCUCUCUGCUAUGCCUCCUCCUGGCAGCUCUCACCUUCCUGCUGUGCAAAACCAUCCAGAACACCAGCACCUCGAUCCACCUGCAGCUUUCAAUCUGCCUCUUCCUGGCCCACCUGCUCUUCCUCAUGGCCAUUGACUGGACUGAGAUCAAGGUGCUGUGCGCCAUCACUGCGGGUGUCCUACACUAUCUCUACCUGGCAUCCUUCACCUGGAUGCUGCUGGAAGGUCUGCACCUCUUCCUCACUGCACGCAACCUGAUGGUGGUCAACUACUCCAGUGUGAGCAGGGUCAUGAAGAAGCUCAUGUUUCCUGUGGGCUAUGGAGUCCCGGCUAUAAUUGUGGCCAUUUCUGCUGCAUCCAGUCCUCUCCUUUAUGGAACACCCACCCGAUGCUGGCUCCACACAGACAAAGGAUUCAUAUGGACCUUCUUUGGCCCCGUCUGCACCAUUUUCUCCAUUAAUUUGGCUUUCUUUCUGAUGACCUUCUGGAUUGUGAAAACCAAGCUCUCCUCCAACAACAGAGAUGUGUCCACACUCCAGAACACAAGGAUGCUGACAUUUAAAGCCACAGCUCAGCUGCUCAUCUUGGGCUGCACGUGGUGCCUGGGCAUCCUGCAGGUGGGUCCAGCUGCCCAUGUCAUGGCUUACCUCUUCACCAUCAUCAACAGCCUGCAGGGCGUCUUCAUCUUCCUGGUGUACUGCCUCCUCAGCCAGCAGGUCCGGGAACAAUACAAAAUGUUCAAAGAGGUCAGGAAAACCAAAGCCGAGUCAGAGAAGUACAUGCUCUCAAGUGGGACCAUGUCUGAUGCCUCCAAACAUAGUUGGUAA